AUGGAGCCAUCGACAGUGUUUCGAGUCGUUCGAGCGACCUCUUCAUUGAGCGUGCGCCGCCAGUGCAGAGCGACUGCACCUUACUUCUUACCACGACAUCUCCACACCACCACCCCCAAUGAAGCGACACCAGUAGCACACCCUACAGUACCCGGCCCACCGCCCCAAGCACCGCAAGCAGCGGCCGCUUAUCCACAGGAUCGUGUCGCGCGGAAACGACAGCAGGCUGAGGCUUUGCGACAGAAUCGGGAGCUCAAGACAAAUCCAUCCAAGCCUGGCUCUACAUUACGGAAGCGGUUCUGGAAAGAUGUGCAUGUCAAAGACGCAGAGGACGGAUACGAGAUACAUCUCGACACCCGGCCAGUACGGACUGCAGCGCGGCAGGUGCUGAAGCUACCGAAGAACAAAAAAGCAUUGGCGACUGCUAUGGCACUCGAGUGGGAUCAGUUGAUCUCCGCGCAGCAAGCGAUGAAAUCACAUUACAUCCCCUUGACAUCACUCACGUCACGAGCAAUGGACAUCGAAGCUGCCGACAAACAAUUUGGUCCUUCGGAAAGCCCGGUUAGAGAAGCCAUCAUUAAGAUGGUGAUGCGGUAUCUAGCAACAGACACUCUGCUCUGCUGGGCGCCGGAGAAGAACAUACAUGAUCCAUAUGAGCGGCAAGGCGGCAAACCACUACGGCAUCGGCAAAGAGAAGUUGCGGAGCCGAUCAUCGCCCAUCUGACUACACACAUCUUCCCUGGAGUCGAGAUCACACCGAUACUAGGAGAGGACAGCAUCAUUCCAGCUUCGCAGCCCGAAAUGACCCGAGAAGUGAUCCGUGGUUGGGCGUCUGGACUGCCUGCGUUCGAGCUUGCGGGUCUUGAACGCGGAGUACUUGCGACGAAGUCGUUGCUAGUCGCGGCGAGGUUACUUGUGGAGUGGAGCAGGGAGUUCACGCAUUUUCAAGGCUCGGGUCAAGGUGGCGUGGAUGUACCAACAGAGUCCAGCAGAUUCGGCAUCGACGAUGCUGCGGAGGCGGCUAACCUAGAGGUCCUGCAUCAGACACAGCAAUGGGGCGAGGUGGAAGACACGCAUGAUGUCGAUAAAGAGGACGUGAGGCGGCAGCUGGGCAGUGUGGUGCUGCUGGUUAGCUAG